AUGAAGCUGUCACUCAGCAAAGUCCUCCUCUCAUACAGUCUCCUCUUCGUGCAACAUGUACACAGCAUCGGCUUCGUCAACACACCCACAACCCGCGACUUGUAUCUAGCCGCUGCAUUAGGGCUAAGUGCCGAUAGCGUCAUUUUGAAUCCAGUCGCUUUUCGAAAGAUGGUAGACACAUCUUACUCACGUACAAUACCUACUGAAUAUGCUGAUAUACCAAUCGAUCACGAUAAUCAUACCGUCGGCACGUACAGAAAUAGAUACUGGGUGACAACAAAAUAUUAUCGAUCAGGUGGCCCUGUAUUUCUGUACGAUGUUGGCGAAUCUUCAGCAUAUAGCUCGGCACAACAUAUGUUGGGAGAGUCGUCGUUUCUGAGGGAGUUUUUGCAAGAAUUCGGUGGUGUUGGCAUUGUUUGGGAGCAUAGGUAUUAUGGAGAAUCGUUACCUAUGGGUCUGGUUAACGAGAACACACCUGCUGAAAACUUCAAAUUUUUAACGCACGAACAAGCAAUCGCCGAUAUCCCAUACUUUGCCCAAGAUUUCCAUCGUCCAGAACUCCCUUUUCAAGACCUAUCACCCAAAGGCACACCAUGGAUCAUGAUGGGAGGGUCAUACUCCGGUAUGCGGACGGCAUUUACUCGAAACGAAUAUCCAGAUACCAUCUACGCGGCCUAUGCUUCAUCAGCGCCAGUUCAAGCACGCGCAGAUAUGAGCAUAUACUUCGAACAAGUCUAUCGCGGUAUGGUGGCAAAUGGCUAUGAAGGUUGUGCCCGUGAUCUGCAUGCAGCUUUGAGUUAUGUCGAUUCCCAAUUGGCAUUGAACGGCACUGCUAGCGACGAUAUCAAGAAAUUGUUUCUAGGUGAAGGUGGUGAAGUCAAUUCGAAUGGCGACUUUACUGCAGGUCUCGCUUAUAUCUAUAGCACUUUCCAGUCUUAUGGAAUGGGUGGAGGAGAUACUGGACUUGGAUCGUUAUGUGACUGGAUGGAAGCUGUGCCAACGGGGACAGGAGCAUCCCCAACCGCAACUUCGACCGCAACAGCGACGAAUAGAGAUGAGAAUAAACCCGUUUCAAGAAUAAUCGUUCGACGUAUUCAAAAUUCACCAGAAGAAUUGAUAGAUGAGCCAAGUCCAGCUACAGCAACUCCAUGGACAGGCUGGGCACCUUUUAUCGGUAACAGAGCUGUAGCUGAACGGUUCGCAUCAUGGCCUCAGUUACUUCCACUUAUCAAUUCCUAUGCAGCUACCGAGUGCAGCAUGAAGGCAGGGUCUCAUUAUUGUAAUCUCGGUGGCAGGCUCACUGACCCAGCGUCUAUCAGCUGGACAUGGCAAUACUGCUCUGAAUGGGGAUUUUUCCAAGCUGACAAUAUCUCUCCGGAUCCAACUCACGGUCUCUUAUCCACCUAUCAGUCACUGGCAUACAACCAAGAAAUAUGUUAUCGACAAUUCCCCCGUGCUCUCGAAAAAGGAGUCCUCCCCGCUGUCCCAGCUACCGAGAAAACAAACGCCAAAACAGGAGGCUGGCUAAUUCGACCCUCGAAUACAUACUGGUCAGGCGGCGAGUUUGAUCCCUGGCAAACUUUGUCACCUCUAUCUACAGAAAACUUUGCGCCGGAUUUUGUUACAUUUCGGUCAAAUAUUCCGCAGUGCAAUCGUAAGACUGCUGAAAGGGAGAUCUUUGGAUAUGUGAUGCAGAAUGCCAUGCAUUGCUUUGAUCUCAAUAUGCGAUUUCAAGGAGGCGAAGCUUCGAGGGAUUUGUUUAAAAGUGCGUUGAAGGAGUGGCUACCUUGUUGGCAGGGUAAGGCACGAAGAGCAUGGGCUGCUUAG